AACAAAAGCAUUUGUAAGACUCCGCUGCGCGCCAUGAGGUGAUCCCAGGAGGAGGCGUCUCAGCGGAAGGAUAAAUAGUUCCUAUAUCAGAGAUGUCACCGAGGACAUGUGUAACAUCUUCCGCGCAGGAUUUGUGCCGUGGAUCAUGCUCUCUGUGACUCUCGCCUCAGGCUCCGAUGACAAGAUAAACAUCACAGCUGAGUCUGGACAGAACAUCACUCUGCCAUGUCGAGCUGACAACAAUCAGAAGCCCAUCAUAGUUGUAGAGUGGAUCAGAUCUGAUUUGGGGGCAGGUUAUGCCUUGUUGUUCCAGGAUGGGCACUUUGUUCCAGAUCAUCAGCAUCCGUUUUUUAAGAAUCGGGUGGAUCUUCAGGACAGGCAGAAGAAGGAUGGAGAUGUAUCUUUGAUUCUGAACAACGUGACACCUGCUGAUAGUGGAACAUAUGAAUGCCAUGUCGUCACGCGAGGAGCAAACCAGAGGGAGAGAGCAACAGAGCACACCUGUACAAUCGAGCUUAAGAUUCUUCCUCGUGUCCAGAUAAACACGACAGCUGGACAGACAGCCAUUCUGCCAUGUCAAGUUCCAAACCUCAACAGUGAUCCCAGCGUGGUUAUAGAGUGGAGCAGAACCGAUCUGGGGAAAGAAAAUGUCUUUUUUUACCAGGACCAGAAGUUUAUUCCAGAUGACCAGCAUUCAUCUUUUAAGAACCGAGUGGAUCUGCAGGACAGACAGAUGAAGCAUGGAGAUGUGUCUUUGAUUCUGAACAAUGUGACAAUUAAUGACACUGGAACAUACAUGUGUUGCGUCUUCAUGAAGGGAGCAAAACACAGAAGGAGAGCUAAACUGGAUAGUGACCUCAUCAGUGUUGUCAACCUUCAUGUUGUUCGUCCAGGUCAGACAGGAGGAGACACAGAGGAUGGAGUCAUUAGAUAUAAAGUCCUGGCAUUCUACUGAAGUAGGGAAGGCGUCAUUAGAUGAUGACUCCUAGUGAUGGUAAGAUGAAGCCUCGUGAGGAACUGAAGGUUUCCAUCCAACUGGUCGACUCAUGGUUCAACGCAUUGUGAUGAUUCAUUUGCUCUACUGCGCCAUCAAGUGGACGAUUCAAGUGAAAAAGGCUCUUUGAUUGUAAUGAUGGGAUGUGUAAACCUCUAAACUGAAUAAAUAAAUUGUUUUCAUGGUUAUUUAUUACGAA